AUGGGGUCUCUGUUGAGUUCACCGAAAAGCAAAGAAGAGAUGGAAGCAGCGUUGAAUAAGGCUAAGGAGAUAGUAUUCUCUGCCCCUGUUAUUGUCUUCAGUAAGACUUACUGUGGUUACUGCAAGCGGGUCAAAGAUCUCUUCGAGCAGCUGGGAGCAGCCUACAAGGUCGUUGAAUUGGACACGGAAAGUGAUGGGGCUGAUAUUCAUUCAGCUUUAGUUGAGUGGACAGGGCUUAGGACUGUGCCUAACGUGUUUAUUGGAGGAAAGCACAUUGGUGGCUGUGACACUGUUUUGAAGAAACACAGAGAACAACAACUGGUUCCUCUCCUCAAUGAUGCUGGGGCGAUCGCCAAUAACUCUGCUCAACUGUGA